GGCGGGGGCGCGGAAAUCGAGGCCGGGGCUCCGUCGCGGCCUUGCUGGUGCUGCGGGAGGAGGAGGCGGAGGCCCCGCGCCGCCCCCGCCGCCGCCUUUGUCUGCGCGGGGCCGGGCGGACGCGGCGGGACCGUGAGAAUGGAACUGACUGAAGGCCCUAUGAGAAAAAGGGAAAGCUAAGGAUGCUGGAGCAGAACAAUGGAUUUCUCUUUCUCUUUCAUGCAAGGGAUCAUGGGAAACACAAUUCAGCAACCACCUCAACUCAUUGACUCGGCCAACAUCCGCCAAGAGGAGGCCUUUGAUGGCAGCAGUGACAUUGCCGAGGAUGGGGGCCGGACGCCGUACGAGGCCGCGCUGCAGCAAGGCUUCCAGUACCCCACGGCAGAGGAGCUGCCCCCCCUCAGCAACGGCUACCCCCCGGCCAUCAGCGUGUACGAGCCCCAGGGCAAGUUCCAGCCGUACCCUCAGUAUCCCAACGGCUCUGCCAAUGGCUUUGGGACAGUCAGGAACUUCAGUCCCCCCGAGUAUUACCAAAUGGAGAACUCCAACGCCAGGCCGCAUGAAGCUCUGGAAAAACCUUCCCCUCCCCAGCCACCACCUCCAGCACCACCUUCAGCUCCACAAGCGGGCAUUCCAAAGAAGACUGGCUCACCAGAGAUCAAACUCAAAAUAACCAAAACUAUCCAGAACGGCAGGGAAUUGUUUGAGUCCUCCCUGUGUGGGGACCUGUUGAACGAAGUCCAAGCGAGCGAGUACGCUAAGGCAAAACACGAAGGGAGGAAAGAGAAAAGGAAAAAAAGUAGCAAGCAUGACUCUUCCCGAUCGGAAGAGCGCAAGUCACACAAAAUUCCAAAAUUAGAACCAGAGGAGCAAAAUAGACCAAACGAGAGGCUUAGCACACUCUCUGAGAGACCAAGAGAAGAUGCAGUGCUGGAGGAAGCCCCGAUCCAGCAGCUCGUGCCAUCCCUUCCAGCCCAGGUCACCCACGACGUCAAGUUCCAGGUUGGGGAUCUGGUUUGGUCCAAGGUGGGGACGUACCCGUGGUGGCCUUGCAUGGUGUCCUGUGAUCCACAGCUUGACGUGCAUACCAAAAUUAAUACAAGAGGUGCCCGGGAAUACCACGUGCAGUUCUUCAGCAACCAGCCAGAGCGAGCCUGGGUGCACGAGAAGCGCGUCCGGGAGUACCAAGGGCACAAACAGUAUGAGCAGUUACUGGCUGAGGCAGCCAAGCAAGCCAGCAACCACUCUGAGAAACAGAAGAUUCGCAAGCCGCGGCCGCAGAGGGAGCGAGCGCAGUGGGACAUUGGCAUUGCCCACGCCGAGAAGGCGCUGAAAAUGACCCGGGAAGAGAGGAUAGAACAGUACACCUUCAUUUACGUAGACCAAGAGCCAGAGGAGGCUUUGGCCAAAGCCAAAAAGACUGCUGCUUCCAAGUCGGAGGCCAAGAAGAACCGGCGGCCGAAGCCAGCGCCGAGCACGCAGCCGGAGCACGCCAGCGUGGGGACGGGGACGGGGACGGGGACGGGGACGGGGGCAGGCUCGUCACCCUCCCACGCCGAGGCGCGCAGGCAGGGCCAGCGCAGGCAGCCCAGCCUGGAGGAGGAGGAGGCACCGCCCGUGAAGAUCGCGUGGAAAACGGCUGCGGCUAGGAAGUCCCUACCAGCUUCAAUAACCAUGCACAACCUGGAUCUGCAAAAGUGUAACAUGUCUCCAGUUGUUAAAAUUGAACAGGUUUUUGCCCUUCAGAAUGCUGCUGGGGAUGGAAAACUCAUCGAUCAAUUUGUUUAUUCCACCAAGGGAGUUGGUAACAAAACAGAAAUAAGCGUCAAAGGACAAGAGAAGCUUAAUUCUUCAUCAGCACAGAGAAGUGAAAAAGCAGUGGUGCAGAAUGCGUCCUCUCCUGAGACAACUUCUGGGGCAGCAGGUUCUGUAGAAAAGAAGCAACAGAGAAGAUCGAUUCGAACCCGCUCCGAGUCUGAGAAAUCCACUGAAGUUGUGCCAAAGAAGAAGAUCAAAAAGGAGCAGGUUGAAACUGUCCCACUGGCAGCAGUGAAGACGGGGCUGCAAAAAGGUGCCAGUGAGAUUUCAGACUCCUGUAAACCCUUAAAGAAGAGAAGUCGUGCCUCCACGGACAUGGAGCUGACCAGCUCAGCCUACAGGGACACGUCUGACUCUGAUUCCAGAGGACUCAAUGAUUUACAGGGCAGCUUUGGGAAGCGCUCAGACAGCCCCUCAGCCACUGCCGACGCCGAUGCCUCCGAUGUGCAGUCGGUGGACUCCAGCUUAUCCAGGAGGGGAACUGGAGCAAGUAGAAAAGACACUGUUUGUCAGAUCUGCGAGAGCUCCGGCGAGUCGCUGCUGGCCUGUGAGGGUGAGUGCUGCAGCACGUUCCACCUGGAGUGUCUUGGCCUGAAGGCCAUGCCUGAGGAGAAGUUCAUCUGCACCGAGUGUAAGAACGGAGAGCACACGUGCUUUUCCUGCAAGCUCCCUGGCAAGGACGUGAAGCGCUGCUCUGUCAGCACGUGUGGGAAGUUCUACCACGAGUCCUGCGUGCGCAAGUUUGCCACGGCCCUGUUCGAGUCCCGCGGCUUCCGCUGCCCGCAGCACUGCUGCACGGCCUGCUCCAUGGACAAGGACAUGCACAAAGCCAGCAAAGGUCGCAUGGCGAGAUGUCUGCGCUGCCCCGUGGCCUAUCACUCUGGAGACGGCUGCAUCGCUGCAGGAAGCUUGUUUGUGUCAUCCCACAUCCUCAUCUGUAGUAACCAUUCCAAAAGGACUCACUCCUCAUCAGCUGUAAAUGUAGGCUUUUGUUUCGUUUGUGCAAGAGGGCUGGUAGUGCAGGACCAUUCAGACCCCCUGUUCAGUUCCUAUGCCUAUAAGUCCCACUACCUACUGAAUGAGUCAAAUCGUGCUGAGUUGAUGAAAUUACCUAUGAUUCCUCCUCCUUCGUCAGCUUCCAAAAAGAAAUGUGAGAAAGGUGGCAAACUGUUGUGCUGUGAGUCCUGCCCAGCUUCCUUCCACCCCGAAUGUCUCAGCAUAGAAAUGCCUGAGGGAUGCUGGAAUUGCAAUGACUGUAAAGCUGGCAAGAAGCUGCGGUACAAGCAGAUCGUUUGGGUCAAGCUUGGGAAUUACAGGUGGUGGCCAGCAGAGAUCUGCAAUCCCAGGUCUGUGCCUCUCAACAUACAGGGCCUCAAACAUGAUAUCGGGGACUUCCCAGUAUUUUUCUUUGGUUCACAUGACUACUAUUGGGUACACCAGGGCAGAGUUUUCCCUUAUGUUGAAGGAGAUAAAAGCUUUGCUGAGGGGCAAACUAGUAUUAACAAGACCUUCAAGAAAGCACUUGAAGAAGCAGCAAAGCGUUUCCAGGAACUGAAAGCACAAAGAGAAAGCAAAGAGGCAUUGGAAAUUGAAAGGAGUUCAAGGAAACCUCCGCCCUAUAAACACAUUAAAUCCAACAAGGUGAUCGGGAAGGUCCAGAUCCAGGUGGCCGACCUGUCGGAGAUCCCGCGCUGUAACUGCAAGCCGUCGGACGAGAACCCGUGCGGGCUGGAGUCCGAGUGCCUCAACAGGAUGCUGCAGUACGAGUGCCACCCGCAGGUGUGCCCAGCUGGGGAGCGCUGCCAGAACCAGUGCUUCACCAAGAGGCUCUACCCCGACGCCGAGAUCAUCAAAACCGAGCGCCGCGGCUGGGGGCUGCGCACCAAGAGGAGCAUUAAAAAGGGUGAGUUUGUGAAUGAGUAUGUUGGGGAGCUGAUUGACGAGGAGGAGUGCCGGCUGCGGAUCAAACGUGCUCACGAGAACAGUGUCACCAAUUUUUAUAUGCUAACUGUAACCAAGGACCGAAUAAUAGAUGCUGGCCCAAAGGGGAACUACUCUCGUUUUAUGAACCAUAGUUGUAAUCCAAACUGUGAAACACAGAAAUGGACAGUGAAUGGUGACAUUAGAGUUGGACUGUUUGCUCUUUGUGACAUUCCUGCAGGAAUGGAGUUGACAUUCAAUUACAACCUGGACUGCCUGGGCAAUGGCAGGACCGAGUGUCACUGUGGAGCAGAGAACUGCAGUGGCUUCCUGGGAGUGCGUCCCAAGACAGCAUUUGCAACAGCAAAUGAAGAGAAGGUGAAAAAUGCAAAAUUAAAGCAGAAGAAACGGAAAAUAAAAACAGAACAGAAGCAGAUGCAUGAAGAUAACUGUUUCCAGUGUGGAGAUGGGGGAGAGCUGGUCAUGUGUGAUAAGAAGGACUGUCCCAAAGCAUACCACCUCCUAUGCCUUAACCUGACUCAACCACCUUUUGGAAAGUGGGAAUGUCCGUGGCAUCAGUGUGACAUCUGUAGCAAUCCUGCCGUGUCCUUCUGUGAGUUUUGCCCCCAUUCCUUCUGUAAGGAUCACGAGAAGGGAGCCCUGGUGCCGUCGGCGCUGGACGGCCGCCUCUGCUGCUCCGCACACGACCCCAAAUCUCCUGUGGCACCCGAGUACUGGAGCAAGAUCAAGUGCAAAUUGGAAGCACAGAAUGCUGUGGAAGAGGCAAAGGAGUGAAUUUGGUUAAAAACAAACACGGGAGGGGAGAAGAGGAGCAACAGGCGAUGAACUCAGAGAUUGCAAUGCCACACUGGGCUUUGUCCUCGGGGCCGUCACGUGUGAGCUGGAACAGGACCAUUGACCUGAGCGAGGAGGACCAGGCAGUGGUGUUUGCUUUUUAUUGUUUGGUCUUUCUUUUACCCUUGAAUGUGCUACAGCAGCUCUUACUGUUGGAAACCGGGAGCGUCUUGGCCUUUGAAGAAAACCGUAAAGCUUUUGACAGUGAAAAGAAUAUUCUGUUUAAAAUAAUGUUCUUUGAGUGUAGAAAGCAAAGCAUAGCCACAUAUUUAUUUAUUUAAUUUUGAAAGGGUGUUGAAGAUCUGGCUUUGAUCAGUCAUCGUGUCUUUAAAAACAAAACAGCGAAGCCAACGUAACUUUUGUGUCUAGUUUGUGGAAAGAGCAAAGCCUCUCCCCUCUGUAACACUGAGAUGCCAAACAGACAGGUGUGGGUGUCAGACCAGGUGGCUCUGAAAUGCCUCUGUUCCAGUACUUAUUGUUAAAGGCAUUGGAGAAGGUAGGUUGUCUCUCAUGUUUACUUAUGAAUAUUAUUGUGAAGCUUUUCCUGUGAGAAAUCAGGUGUGUGACUUCUGGGAAGUGCUCAUAACACAAGGUCUGGCAGUGGGGAAGAAAUGGUGGUUCCUUGCUCCAGAGCUGUCUUGGGUGUUUGCAGACAGAUGGAAAAAUUCAGAGUUUAAUUGCACAGCGGUCAUUUCUUUAUCCUACCUGUUUUGGAAACCCCUCCCAGGCAGGAGAGGCUCCCAGCCUCAGUCAGUCCUGCCAGUGGAUUCGUGAUCUGCCACAUUUGCCCUGGUUUGGUGGCAGUUCCUGAGUGUGAUUCUUCAGUCCUGCCUUCUCAGGCUCCCUUUGGCUUCAGGGAGACUUGGGCAUGUGAGGGACCUGACCCGUGUGCAUGUUGGUUUCAAUGAAAUGUUAAGAUUUUGUGGUUGAGAGAGAUCUUCUAACUUUAGUCUUCAUCGUUAAUGGAGCUGAGGAACAUCUCAGCACUUCCUCAAUGAACAGGGUAUUUUGUGUCUGGGUAAGGGGCCAUAUCCCAGCAGCCAGCUGAUGCCUCAGGAGAUGGUUCUGUCUUGGAUUUCCUCUGUUAAUCAGAGAGACAGAUUCCUUCAGUGAGGCUUUCCAAGUGGCUUGUGUUGGCUCUUGCUCCAGAAUUUUUUUAGUAAACCUAUAUUCCUCCUUUUUUUUUUUUUUUUUUGUGCAAGGGGGCACUGGAGCUAAUUUUGGUGACUCUUCGCCCCCAGCCCAUGAUCUCACCAAGCACUGUCUCCCCCCUGCCCUGGUAUAGCAAGUACUUCUGACUUGUGUACUGGUAGUAGCUAUUCCCUGCCAGCCUUUGCUCGUGGGUACUGAAAAUAAUCAAGUGUUGCUGGCAUCUGGCUGAACUGAGCCUUGGAAUUAAGAACCUUGUCUCUGGAAAACUGCUUACACAAACCUGUGGGAACACAGAGACUUCUCAGAUCAAGAAAAUAGGCUGAAAAAGUCUGUGUGGAAUUUAGAACAUGUCUUGCCUCUGCCUGAUGUCCUUCUCAUCCUCAAAUUGAUGUACAGGGGGAGUUUUUUUGUGUGCAUGGCAGAGAGAUAGAUACACUACAGUCCCUGAGCAGCUGCUGUGCCAUGGACUCAGCCCAGAGCACCUGCCCACACCUCCCUUGGGGUGACAGAACCCAUGGGUGUCUGGGGCAGGCCUGGGCCAGCAGCUCUUGGGAUCCCUAAAGCACUUCCUGCUGUGGGCCAUGCUCCAGUCAGGGUCUGACACUAACCCGGCUGGAAAGCAGUGCUGGAUUUUGGUAUUUUUAAAGAAAAAAAAUUACAGAAAGGAUUUUAUUUUUCUUAACAUUUUGUGUGAGAAAUGUCUCUUUUUAAGCUCUUACUGAGGAUGUUUAACCUUCUCAGAAAUUCCAAACACAACUCUUGCUACCAUGUCUGUAGGGCCUGAGGUGUUCACUUUAUAUUAUUUAUUAGGCUGGAUAAUGUUCAGUGAUUUUCUCUGAAGUCAGAGCAUUCUGAUAUUGCAGAUAUCAGCUGAUAUAUUAUACAUAUAUAUAUAUAUGUUUAUCUAUAUAUAUAUAUUUAUCAGAUAUGUUGCUGGUAUCGUGCUCCUGUGUGAGUGCCCUGACCUGCUCUAUGCAUUCCCUGUCCAUGCUGAGCAGAGGGAUGUGGUGUGGCAGCACCAGGACACCUUGGGAGCCACAGACUGUCAGUGGCCACCUUGGCUGUGCCACAGUGCUGAGCCAGGGCACAGGACACAGGGAGGGCACAGAAGGCUUAAAACUUCUCAAAUGCUGUGAUGGAGGCUGCUGCUUCUCCUGUGCCACUCUUUGUGUUGGUUCACUUUGUGUUCAGACUUCUUUUUUCCACCAAAAAAUCAUUCACAGCAGCCAAUAGCUGGGCUUGGACUCGGAAGGGAAGGAGAGGUUGUUCAGUUUGUGAGCAAAACUCUGAACUGAAGGUGAGUUUUUCAAAGAGCUUUAACAUUGUUAGAUAAGAAAAGACCAGUUCAGAUGAUCUUGGUGACUGCAGGGGCUGUUCUGAGUGCCAGACUCUGAUGUUAAAAUGCACAUUUUAACCAUUCUUUGUAAGCUGAGUAACCAGAAUGUAGUUUGCUUAGUGCAGCUCCUUUGUAAGGAAAACAUUGCACAGCUGUUCUGAUGGAUUGGCUUCAGCAGAGUGGGAGGCAGCUGCUGAAUUAAUUUGUGUGGGCUCCAAAAUAAGGAAUCUUGGAUAGUAGGGUCAUUUCAUGCUGAGACCUAGAGGGAAUCCACAGAACUGGUGAUUUUGGUGAAGAGCUGCAGUGUGCUGUCCCGGCGCAUUGCUGUUCCUUCAUGGGAACACACGGGAGUGUUUUUCCCUUAUUUUUGUGUUAAAUUUUCAGGGUGGCCUCACACUUCUGUUGACUUCCUACUUCCAGCCCUGACACCUGGGCAGUGCCUGAGCUGCCCUGCCCACGGAACAGGGUUUGUAGCUUACUGGAGCUUUUCCUCUGCAGCUGCACCUGGCCACAGUGCAGGCGUCCUGCAGCCCAUGGCCAGAUGAGUCUAGAAGCAAGAGCUCCACGAUGCUGUGAUUGCAGAGGUGCAGAGGCUGGUUCCACCAUUCCUGAACACAUGGUGCAAGCAUUAGCUGUUGUAGCUGUCAGAUUAUUGUAUAGACGUGUCCUGUCCAUAGACUGUUGAAGGCGUUUGCAGCUCAGGAAGGAAAUUUUGUGGGCAAAUCACCUUCUCUGGUCACCACGUGGUCUUGGAGAAUCAGUUCAAAUGGAGUAAUAGGGCUGGAAUGUGGAUUUUUGGCCUUUCUUCUAAAAAGACCCCUUCUUUUAUCUUAAUUUCAGGAAAGAAUGGGAAAAACACAAUUACUAGACAUAAUUAUCAAUGAGCAUAAAAUCUGUAUAUAUUGAAA